UCUCACUCCGUGUAGGGCGGGCUCGGGGCUAUAAAUGCCAAGGUAUAUGCCGUUCUAGUGACUACGUCGGAGCUCACGCGGUCUUAGAUGACCGACCAGGCAGACUGUGCCAAUUCCUUCGAUGUCGCUCGUGAGGUUUACAAGGAGAACGUUGGCGACAUUUUCUCUCUCAGCAAUGCCCUAUCCGAAGAGCACGAUCUCCCUCUGAUACUCGUACCAAGACACCAGCUUACUCAAGAAGACCGAUCUCGAGAGUGAGCUUCCAUCCGGCUCUGUAAACGUGACGUAGAAUAAGGGCAGGUGAGUGUUCUCUAGCGUUGAGCUAGU